GCCACUGCCUGCGAUCAUCACUUUUUCGUUUGGAACAAGCUUGGCACAUGGGGCUGCCGCUGGAAGACGUGCUCGAGGCCAUGGACGUCGAUGUUGACGCAGCGACGACCGACGCGGCGACGGCCAAAGCCAUUGCAGAGAGCCCAACGCUGACGCAGGCGGCGACGAACCCGGUCUUUACCGCCGUCUUGCGCAACUUUGACUUCAAGCGCAGCGCGGCCGAGAUUGUGGCGCACUGCGCGUGCAGUGGCGUCGUCGACAUUGUGCGCUGUCACAUACGCACGCCACAGCCCAAAACGCCGCGCAAGAAGACGGCGAUCGUGUCGGUCGCGUCGCGCCUCGGGUUGGAGCGGCUGCUGCAACUCGACAAGACGCACUGGGACAAGCGCCCGUUGUACGUGCGUGAGAGCAAGGACCCGGCGCUGGCGGCGCUUGUGCACGACACACUCUCGCGCCGGUUUGCAGCCGCUUCGUUUCACAUUGUGCCAUCGAUCGAGACGGCUGAGAUGGUCCCACCGCGGUUUUCGGCCACGCGAGACGUAGCCUUUCUCUGCAACGGGCGGAGCGCCGACGCCUUCUCGAUCGAGUUUGACGCGCACCGUGUGACGUUCAAGGUGGCGUCGGUCGCGACCUGCAGCGUUGGCACGGACGAGGCGGGCGACACGGUUAUCUGGCUCACGCUUCGCCGCGCACCGUUUGUCUUUCGAUCCGGCGACACCGAUGACAACCCGUUUUCGAGUCUGUUUGCGGACUUUGGGCGCCUCUUGCAGCCAUCAACGCUCUGGGAGCGCGAUGCCAGCGGCUGCAAGGACACGGGCGAGUGGGUGCGCUGCGUGGACCCGUCGCCGGCCAAGGCCUUUGGCAUGUACCUCUGCUACCAGCUCGUCUUGACGUCAUCCUCGCCGAGCGACGUCCUCGACGUGCUUCGACGCAUGGGUCUCGAGCACGUGGCAUUCGCUGAAGCAACGCUGCCGCGCCUCCCGCCCGCGCCGUCGCUGAGAUUGCCAGAGUCGGACUGGAGCGGCGGCUUUGAUGCGCUCUUGGCGCCGCUCUCGGAGGCGAUGCGGUACGCUCUGCACGUGCUUGUCAGCAACCACGUGAUUGUGUUGACGCACGCCGCCCAAGUCUCGGCGCUUGUUGCUGCGCUGCUCGCAUCGACCGUCUCGGCUGCGGCCAUUAUGCGGCUGGCGCACUGGCGCCACCGGCGCACGUCGUCGGCGUGGCGCAAGCUCUUGGCGACGAUCGAGGCACCGCCGCCGCCGCCACGACCGGAUCCACCAAGUGUCGUCCGGGUCCGGCGCGUGCUCGUGACGCCCUUGCGCAUUGUUGUCGACGUGCCCGACCUCGAUGCGUCCAACCGCGUCCUGCGUCUCUACGCUACGCACCUCGACCGCUUUGUCCGCGCGACCUUUGUCGACGAACACUAUGGGUCAGUGCACCGCGUCAAGCGCGAUAUACCCCACCGGAUCGCGUCGAUUGUGAGAGAUGGCUUGUACAUUGCGGGCAACCACUAUGUGUUUCUUGGCUACUCGAACGCGCAGCUGCGCAGCCAAAGCGCCUGGUUCUACAAUGCGCCAAACGACGCGUCGGCCCCCAGCGUGGCUGCCAUUCACGCGUCGCUUGGCGAUUUUCUGGCGAUUCCGACAGUCGGCAAGCGCGGUGCGCGGCUCGGCCAAGCGUUUAGUGGCACGGCCACCGCGGUCGUCGUGCCCCUGUACGAGACGCGCACCGUGCCCGACAUUGAGCGCAACGGCUACUGCUUUUCCGACGGCGUCGGCACCAUCUCGGUGGCCUUGGCCAAAACGGUGGCGCACGCGCUGCAGCUCGAGACCAUCCCGUCGGCCUUCCAGAUUCGGUACGGCGGGUACAAGGGCGUCUUGUCGGUCGACCCGCUGCUGUGUGGCAAUGUGCGCAUGGCGCUGCGCCCGAGCAUGCGCAAGUUUGAGUCGUCGCACUGCGCGCUCGAGAUUUGCUCGACGGCGUCGCGUAUGAGCUGCUACUUGAACCGCCAGCUCAUUUCGGUGCUGUCGGCGCGCGGCGUCCAUGACACGGCGUUUCUAGCGCUCUACGACGCCAUGCUCUCGAGCCUCGACGCGUGCCUCGGGAGCGCGGUCGCGGCGGCGCAGCUCGUGGCCACCCACGACCCGAGCAGUCCCGUUGCCAAGCUCUUGGCGGCCGGCGUCGGUCUCGACGACCGCUACGUGUUUGAGUGGAUUGGUGUGCUUCGGAGUCGGCUACUGCGCAACGUGGAGCUCAAGGCGCGCAUUUUGGUCCCGAACGGCGUCAACCUCGUGGGCGUUGUCGAUGAAACGAGGUCGCUGCCAGCGCACACUGUGUUUUUCCAAACCCGCGGCGAGACGCCGGCGUUUGGGUCGACGAUUGCGGUCGGCCGGUGUCCGUGUCUGCACCCGGGCGACAUUCAGUGCCUCACGCUCGUCGAUGCGCCGGCCUUGCGCCACUUGUACGACGUGCUCGUGUUUUCGUCGGCCGGCGACCGCCCGGACCCCGACACGAUGGCCGGUGGCGACCUCGACGGCGAUGUCUACUUUUGUAUUUGGGACGAGCGACUGCUGCCGACGACGACGUACCCGCCGAUGGAGCCCGGGGUCGCAGCGACGCCACCGACGUCGGUGGACCCGACCAUGAACGCGAUUGGUCGGUUCUACGUUGACUACCUCAUGAACGACAACCUCGGGCAAAUUGCCAACACGCACGUUGUGCUCUGCGACCUAAGUCCUCACGGCGCGUGCGACCCGCUCGCGCUCGCGUUUGCGUCGGCGCACGCGGUCGCGGUCGACUACGCCAAGUCGGGCAUCCCCGCGUCGAUUCCCAAGUACCCGCCGAUGGAUGUGUACCCCGACUUUAUGGACAAGCCCGACAAGGGCGUGUACGAGUCGACCAAAGUCCUCGGGCAACUGUACCGCCGCGCCAAGACUGCGCGGCUCUAUGAGCCCACGUGCGACGCCAAGAUGCUCCGCUGCCUCGCGCCCGGGUUUGAAAUGUACCAAGCCGACGCGCUCGAGAUGUUUGUCGACUACACGUCGGCGCUCUAUGACGUGGCGACGCGGUUUGAAGUCGCGACCGAAGCCGAGCUUGUCUCGGGCUACGUGCGGCACCUCUCGGCCAAGGUCUGUCGCACGCGCGGCGCCAAGGCCAGUGACGACACGCUCGAGCGCCUCCGCCUCGCUGUCCGCCGCGUCCAACAAGAGUUUACCGACGUGUUUUGGGCCGAGUUUACCGAGCCCAACGACGACGAUCUUCGUGUGCUCCAGAAGGCGUCGGCGUGGUAUCACUGCGCGUACACGUAUGUGUGGCCGACGGGGCAUGCACCGUACUUGAGCUUUGGCUGGCUCGCGCUCGGGCCCAUGUGCCACCUCGUGCGCGCCAGCCAGUAGUGCCGACUCGUUGUAUGUCGAGAGAAGAACCCAAAUGCGUGCAGA